AUGGGAAUGUGCAUUCCAAAUAUGAUACUUUCUUCUAAUGAGUUCUCUCUUCUUAGAAAGCAGAAGAAGAUAAGAUCUCUUAUACUCUACACGGAUGCUUAUUGCCAUGAAGGUGUGGGCUCCGUUGACCUUGCGCAGUUUCAAGACCUGAGAAGCCUUUGCUGGAAGGGUCUGAACAAGUAUAGCGACUUUGAGUGCCUCAAAGAGUGUAUCAGAGCUCAUGGUCCUCAACUACUUUCGCUUACACUGGAUCUUAUUAAUUGGGAUCACGCAAAGAAUCGAUGGACUCAUGAGUUUCGCCGACAGAGCGACGAAGGAAUGCCAAACAACUUUUUGUUCAGAGGAUUAUGA